AUGAAGUACUUGAUUAAGCUCGUAUUGGUUGCGGUCCUACUCAUCUCUGGCGUGUCAUCUUCGCCUUUGGAUGAGUAUGGCAUUAUCGAAGCCAGAACCAAGAAGGUAGACUACAAUAUCGACGGUGCUAUUGUAGCGUGGUCCAAAAAGAAGCAUACCAAGGAUAUCUUCAAGGCAGCAUGCGAUACUACAGGUGGAUGGGAAUCAUGGGUCCAAGUUGAGCUCGAGCUCGUAUUCCGGAAGGAAUUUGAUAUUCCUCGCAACAUUAAUAUUCGCGAGCAGUCCAAAGUUUACCACAACGGACAAAUUGCAGACUUUCUUCUCCCAGAAACUGCUAAAUUCAGAGGCAUGGUUAUCGAGCUCAAGUGUGAGAAUAAUAACAGCAACAAGGAAGAAAAAUUGAAAGACAAAGUCGACAAGGACUUGAAGAAAGAAUUCUCGGUCGACAGUAGUUACCUUGAACACAAGUUUGUAGUUCUUGCUAUGACAUAUACGCGCGAGGCCGAAGACGUUGUUAAAAAACUCGAUCUAGAGGCUAUCCCAAAGAUUAAUUACAAAAUACCGGGCAAGGGGACCAUGAGGGUAUUCAGGAAGGAUCUUAAGCCAGCCGAACUUACAGAAGACGUGAAUGAUGUGGCGGAUGCACUCAGCAAACUCUUUUUACAGACAAACAAAAGAUUGUAA